AUGACAAAAACUAUCAAUGUAACAUCAACUUUCUCAACCACUCCUACAACAACCUCAAGUGCAGCACCAAUGUCAACAACUCAUGGAACAACCACCACUAUGCUUGACCUCAACACUCUUGAUGCAACAACACUUUUGGGUUCCACAGCCACCCCUCCAACAUCCUCACAUGCAGAAUCAAGCUCAACACCAGACGCAGCAAACACAACUUUGCCUGAAACCACGACAGUUGUUGGACAAACAAGAACUUUAGAUACCACCCCUCCAACAACCUUAAGUUUAGCACCAAUGUCAACAGCAACCUCAAAACCUGGUACUAUUGUUGCGACAACUGCAGAUGUGACAUCCACAACAACAAUCAAUCCUACAACUAUUGCUGUGACUGAAUCCAAAACAACACAUCCAAUGACAGCUGCUGUUGAAACAAAUACAACUUUGGCUUCUGAAACCACACUCACUACAAGUUAUCCAAAAACUAAUAUUGUGCUUGAAACCACAACACUUCCAACAACAACUAUAGGUGAGAAAACUACAGCUUUGGUUAACAAAACCACAACACUUUCAACUACAGGACCAACCACUUCAACUGAUGUAGUGGCUACAACUAUGCCUGACACCACAAGUAUUGGUGUAACAACAACUUUGGUUACAACGAGCAUCCCUCCAACAUCCUCAACUGUAGCAUCAAUGUUAACAUCUGAUGCAGCAACCAUAACUAUGCCUGAAACCACAACAACAAUUGGCACAACUACAUCUUUGGCAACCAUAAGCACACCUCCAACAUCUUCAGCUAUGUCACCAACUUCAGUAACUGAUGCAGCAAACACAACUUUGCCUGACUCACAAAAAACAACUAUUGGUUCAUCAAAAACAACUAUGGUUGCCACAACCACCCUUCCGGCAUCCUCAUCUAUAGCACCAAUGUUGACAUCUGAUGAAGUAACCACAACUCUCCCUGAAACAACAACAGUACUUCCAAGCACAUCUAUUGGUGCUAUGACAACAACAUUGGCUUCUGACAGCAGAGUGACUACAAAUCAUCCAAUACCCACUAAUGUGACUGAUACCACAAUACUUUCAACAAUAACUACUGAUGGAAAAAUUACAUCCUUAACUGUAGCACUCAUGUCAACAAGUGAUGCAGCAACCACAACCAUGGCUGAGACUUCCACAAAUAUUAGUGCAACAACAACAAAUUUGGCUACCACUAGUAUGCCUCCAGCAUCCUCAGCUAUAGCACGAACCACAACUAUGCCUGACACCAUACAAACAGUUGGUGCAACAACAACAAAUUUGAUUGAGACAACCACCCCUCCAACAUCCUCAACUGUAGCACCUUUAUCAACAACCAAUUCAGCAACAACAACUAUGCCUAAAUCUACAACAGUGCUUCCAACAUCAACUAUUGGUGCAACAGCAACAACUUUGGCUGGCAAAAGUACACCUUCAGCAUUCUUAUCUGUACUGCCAAUGUCAACAACUGAUGCAGGAGUCACAACUACAUCUGAAACAACAACAGUACUUAUAACAAAUGCUACUAUUGUUAAGACAACUACGACUUUGGUUUCCACAACAACAAGCAAUCCUACAACUGUGGCUGAAACCACAACAGCGCUUCCAAGUAUAGCUAAUGGUGAGACAGUAACAACUAUGGCCACAUCUCCAACAUCCUUAACUACAGAACAAACUUUGACUGCCACAACUACCCCUUCAACAUCCUUAAAUAUAGCAGCAACAUUGGCAAAUGAUACAGCAACCACAACUUCACCUAAAACAACAACAGUACUUUCAAAAACAACUAUUGGUUCAACAACAACAACUAUGGCUGACAAGAGUACCCCUCCAGCAUUCACACCUGUAGCAUCAACACUAACAACUGAUGAAGCAAUCACAACUAUGCCUAAAACAUCUACAGUACUUCCAACAACUUUUGGUGCAACAACAAAUUUGGCUACACCAUCUUUUCUAGCACCAACAUCUGGUGCAGCAACCACCACUUUGAUUAGGAGGGUGAGUUUUUACAUUCGGCUAAUUUUUAACACACGGGGCCCCAUACCAAGUGAGAGUGAUGUCCUACAGUUGGUCGACUCACAGCUGGCCACACGUCUCAGAACUAAACAAGACACAGCACAAACCCUGAGUGAUCCUGUGAGCUAUGUGAAUGCCAGCUAUGAGAACAUUGAUGAUAAUUCAUAUGCCAUCAAACUUGGGUUUGAGAUCAACAAUCCAUCCAUGGCAGAGAAACUUGAAUUCAGGAAUGGCAACUACACAUUUAUUCAAAACUCCAUUAAAAGAAAGCUGAACCAGAUCCUAAGUGACUCUGACACUUCUGUUGAGUUCAACAAAGCCAAUUUUGUGAAUAAUUCAAUGGAGGUCAUUGCUAAUGUGGAUUAUAUUUUCCUGCAACAAGACAUCAAGUCACCCAGUGUCUUCAUCCAAAAACUUCUCAAACUUAUGAAUGGCUUAACAACUCUAGCUCCACCAGUGAAUAAACCAACUCAGAACCCUGUAGAAACACCUAAUGUGAUUGGGAGGGUGAUUAUUUACAUUCGACUCAUAUUUAUCACACUGGGCCCUGUACCAAGUGAGGCUAAAAUAUUACAGUUGGCAAACUCUCUGCUGGCCGCACGUCUCAGAACUAAACGAGAAAUAAGAGCACAAAACUUAGCUACUCCUGUGAGCUUUGUAAAUGUUACUUACACAAAAAUUUCUGAUACGUCAUAUGCCCUGAAUUUUGGAUUUGAAAUCAGCAAUGUUACCAUGUCUGAGAAAGUUGAACUCAGGGAUAGCACAUAUAAAUUAAUCCAGGACUCUGUAAAUAAACUGCUGAACGAGAUCCUAUCAGAUCCCACAGCCACUCCAUUUGUGUUCAAAGAUACCAAUUUCACGGGUAAUUCCACCACUAUUCAGGCUGAUGUACAGUAUGUUUUCUCAGAAAAAGACAUCCAGAAACCUAGUGUCUUUCUCUACAUGCUUAUUGUGGUUAAUAAUGAGACUAUUAUCACAACUACACCUGCUGCAACAAGAACCACCUUUUACUCCACAGUGCUGAGCACUACAAUCACAAAUAACAGCACUAGUGCAGCAUGGGUUGUGGCCAUUAUUGUCCCCUGUGCUAUUGCCAUUAUCCUCGUACCUUGCUGGAUUCUCCUUUGUUGUUUGCUCUGUGGUUGCUGUACAGCAUUAAGAAGACGGUGGUCCAGAAGACAGUCAUACAACGUACAAUACACCACUCGAAACAGCCUUUUCUAGAGAACUUGAAACACAUUUAAAGAGAAACUGGAUUUCUUUUUUCUGAAACUAAUUACUGAUUACUUAUAUUACUAAUUCAAAUAGUGAUGGUUAUACUUUAAACUUUACAUUUUACUUUCUAUAAUGAUUAUGCUAUCUUAGAGCUUUUAUAAUACACUAUUUAUUCUCUUGCGCCUGUAUUGCUGGACAG